ACCUUACUUGAAAAAUGACAGUAAAUUCUUUGUUGUAAUCAUUAUUGCUUUGUGAUUCGCUGAGCUGUACGUCGGUUUUCCUCAGCCUUAGAAGAUCAAAGAAGCUGUUCUCAAGUCAGGGAACGUAGAACGAUGUAUUGCCCUCAUUCACGGUUUCUGAUUAAGACGACUGAACAUAUCUGCAGGGUUUUCCCUCCUGUCAGCACAAAUUAUAAUUAACUGAUUGUUGCGAUGACAGUAGCCAGUGCUUUUAAGCGAUUUUAUCUUUUAAAGAUAAGUGCGUGGUUCUCACUGUUACCCUUGCUAUUUCAGUGGAGUCAGAUUAACUUUUAUUCUGUACAUUUGUAUCUAUAAGAAAGCCAUUGAUAAAGUAGGCGAUUAGGGUUGCAUGUGCUCGUAAGUGAUGAGUUAUAUUCAUUGCGUUUCCGGGAAGUGAACUUUAAGUGUAUUAAGGGUUUUAAAGUGGGCCGUGAAAGUUUUCAUAGUUAGUGGAUUUUAUAUAAAAUGUUACGUUUCGCUUGUUUAUUAUAGAUCAGACGUGAAGAAUGAUUGACAAUUCUCGAUUACGUAUUUAAACAGUUUAGCCAGGUGUUUGAAUAUAUUUCGUGUGAUUUUUAGCAGGACUAUGGAAAAUGCAGACAUUUGAAUUUUGUAUAUCGUGUGUUUGAACAGUAAUGUCAGAUGUUUUGAUACAUUCCAUAUGAUUUUGAACACACCUUCGGAAAAUGCAGAAAGUUUAUUUCUGUAUGUUAUCGCCUUGGAACUAUUGUGUCACGUGUUCAGCUACACCUGGUGUGAUUGUGAACAGAUCCUUGGGGAAUGGUUGAUAGUUGAACAUAUUUGAGCCGCUAAACUGUUGUGUCAUGUUGCGACUCUAAACAGAAUUUUUGGAAACGUAGAAAAUUGAUUAUUAAACAUUUUAGCUUUUCAAUUGUUGCGUCUUGUAUCCUAUUAGUGCUUCUGAACAGUGGUUGAACACUCGUACUGAUUAGUGAUUAGUUCAACCAUAGAAGUGAUUUAGUGCAAAGGAAACAUCAUGGACCCCAACUUCACCUUCACCUCUAAUUACUCUUACUGGUACAACUCAAGCUUUAACAUAUCUUGCGAGAAUGGUCCCGGUGGUGUUGACACAUCCCCUUGUUAUCAGGCGGCAGUGUACAUAAUGUAUUGCUUCAUCUUCAUGCUUGCUUUGGCGGGCAAUGGGCUUGUUUGUCACGUGGUACAAUCUUCUCCACGUAUGAGGACAGUCACCAAUUACUUCAUAGUCAACCUUGCUGUGGGUGACAUCCUCAUGACAUUGUUCUGCGUGCCAUUUUCUUCUGUGUCCACUCUGCUGCUUCAGUAUUGGCCUUUUGGAGCCGAGAUGUGUCACACCGUCAGUUACUCUCAGGCCGUGUCAGUGUUUGUGAGCGCCUACACUCUUGUGGCCAUCAGUGUGGACCGAUACAUGGCAAUCAUGUGGCCACUUAAACCUCGGAUGAGCAAACGCCACGCCAAGGUGAUCAUUGGCGUCGUGUGGCUCGUCGCCCUGGGAACAGCUCUUCCCAUCUUGCUGCUAUCGAACUUGAGCCAACCUCACAGUUGGUACGAGGAGUGCGGCAGAUUCGUCUGCGAGGAAAAAUGGGACAACCCGCAUUACCGCUACUGCUACACCAUGAUGCUUAUGGUGCUGCAGUACGUGGUUCCACUGUUGGUGUUGGUGUUUACGUAUACGAGAAUAGCCAUUGUAGUCUGGGGCAAGCAGAUACCCGGAGAAGCGGAGAAUUCGAGGGAUCAACGCAUGGCUCGUUCCAAGAGAAAGAUGAUCAAAAUGAUGGUGAUCGUGGUGAUAAUAUUCACGGCAUGCUGGCUGCCGUUCAACAUACUUAUGGUGGCACUAGACAACAACAGCGAUCUCGCUAGUUGGUCAGGGACACCCUAUUUGUGGUUUGCCUUCCACUGGCUCGCCAUGUCGCACUCCUGCUACAACCCGGUCAUAUACUGUUGGAUGAACACUCGUUUCAGAGCAGGAUUUUGCACCGUUUUGGAUCGGCUGCCAGGUCUCCGAAGACUUUUUCCGCUCAACGUCAGACACCGCCACAGUAACACGUCUUCAGUUACUACGGGCGUCGCCCUCACAGAUCCUACUGAAUCGUCGGUGCUGCAGCGUGUCAACACUUGUACGACGUACCUGAGUACACGCCGCAAACACCAGUACCUGUCCAACGACUGUGCCUCUCCCGCCCGGUCAGGAACUGCGCUCCUCAAGGGCUGCCCUCCCACGGCGCACUACAACGGACAUCGUAGACUGUCCCGCCUGGACAGCUACCCGGAAGAUCAGAUCUAGUGUGUCACUCAGGUUCAACUGCGCGCCGUUUGGCUAGCGAAGCAAAACUCGAAAACUGAGCCUCAGGUGACUCAGUGCCACCACUCAGCUGUUAUCAUCGCCUUUGCGUUUGAAACCACUGCGGGAAUUGCCACGCGUACGGAAUACGCUUUGCGAAGUUUCGCGAGAGGAAGACAGACCCGCCGUCGGUCUAACAACGAAAUGAUUCCCGUUACUGUGUAGAAGGAUAUAAAAAUGUAACACAUGGACAGGUGUUACUUCUGCUGUUUGAACUGAAGAACGUGCAUGAUACUUCCUCUUCCGUCAGAUUUAUAUAACUGAUAACUAAUACUGAAGCGAUUCCAGGGUCAGAAUGCGGGUUGCAUAAAGGAACCUAUGUUUCUCUUUUCGAGUUAUUUUCCCGCGGUGCAAUUAACUUGCGUAAUGUUACACAACCAUCAACACGCUUUUAAUAUAGCCCACUAUGUGUUUGAAUUUAACCUGUAGUUAUAGACCCAUGUGAUAGAUCUGCAUAAAAUUAAUUCAGAACUUUCGAAAUACGCUCGUCAAAGUCAUCAUAAAUCUCUCAUAUCGAUUUAUUCAGUAAGCAGACUAUUUCGACUUUCGUCCAGUGACAUUCCAUAGCCAUGAAAUAAGCUAAGGUCACGCUGACGACACUUGCUGUAGCCAUCGAAGUACGUAUCAUACUUACUUGAACUUACUCAGCUGCAGUUCAAUCACAUACCCUACAGAAUCUUGUGUUUCCCGAUUACAAGUUGUAAUAAAUCAGGGAGGACCUUAUGUUAAAUUUAAAGUGAUAGCCGACUGCUCAGAGAGUUACAUUUGAAACCAAUCUUUACUUAUAUAAAUUCUGAUUCAAAACGUCGAUGCAAUUUAUGAAUUAACUUCGAAAUCUUUUAAAGUUGCACAGUUUCUGAGUGCUCUGUUACAGUUAAAUGGGCUUGUAACAUGAGAUCGAUGUAAAUUUCUUGGUGGUGGUGGUGGUGGUGGUGGUGGUAACUACCCACCAGGACGCUCUUAUUUGUGAAAUUUCAGUUGUGGGACCAAAUUAACAUAGUAUAAUAUGUAAUGGCUGGCGACUAAUUCGGUCAAAUGGUAUUAUGGAGUUUAUGUCGACAUAAUUUGUGCAUUUGUCCACGAAGAAUUUAAUUCAAGCAUGUUAUUAAAAGAAAAAUGUUCAUGAACAGUCCAGCAAAAUUGUAAUAGGAAAUUAAUGGAUACUACGUAAUCAAAACGUUGUCUUCAUUUUAGCAAAUCUCAUAUAAAAUGAAUGAAAUGUUACCUCACGUACUUUGGACUCCACAACGUCUGUAAAUCAUAAAAAUGUAUAAUAUUUCUUGUACAGAAACAGUUGAAGGGUUGGUUCGAUAUUGACAAUGAACACAAAUUUAGAUAGUCCUAUUUGUGAAUAUAUCCAAUUUAGAUUUUAUCACUGCAUAUUAAACGACAUAUUAAAAUAAUCUGUCUGCACGAGUAAAGUAAAUAUUUGAUACCCACGGCUUUUCUAUUUAUUUCCAUUAUAUAUUCCAUUGUAUUGCUUUGUACGGUGUCGUGUGUUUGAUGUGCAACUCGUGUUUCUAUUUCAAAGUCGUUAAGGAGUAAAGAAACUUGUCUAUUUUGUAUCUUUGAACUUGAUUUGAAAAUUUUGCGUGAAUCAGACAUACGAGGUGGUUCAAGAAUCUACGACAACUAUUUUUACUGUAUUCUAUAGUGAAUAGUGAGUUUGAGUUCUUCAGAAUUUCCUCAUGUUACUUUGCGGUGUAACCAUAAGGAGAUAUAUCCAUAUUCUGUGACAGUGUAUUGAUCUGACUGGUGCCAUGUCAUAUGAUGUUUCAUUAAGACAACAACAAACAACAUAUAAUGUUGUUGUCAUUUUAGCUUACAGUGUCAAUAGAUGACGGUUCAGAUUUAUUUCCAAUGACGAAACCUAUCAAAGAAACGCCUGUUCUAAACUGACGUAUGUUAAAUGUAUCAUCGAAAAUGUGAAGAACUGUGUAAGGAGUUUUGUCUAUUGUAUUAUCAAAUAUUACCUAGGAAACGUACCUAAAAACAACACUGAUUAAACUUUUUAUUUUUGUCUUGGUGCUGGAUGUGUAAUAGUCUCUCGAGUUUUCUAAUAUGACAUUUGUUGUUUUCAGAAAGAGAAUAAUCCUUUCCAUGUUUACUCUUCUGUUAGGGAGACAUUCCUUUAUUUAAUAUUUCCAUUGGAACUUAUAAAUUAAGUUCGCAAAAAAUCUACAGUUUGUCAGUUACUUGAAGUAUUAAGAGAUGACAGAAGACUUUCUUUACUGAUUUGUCACAAAUCGAUGUGUAUAGAGACAAACGGUCGAUAUCAAAGCAUUGUCUUUUCUGUAGCAUAGAAUUGGUUAAUAUGUCUCAUAUAAUUAAUAUUGUCAUCAAACGUAAUUUCAAGUCAGAAUCAGUGACGUUCAAAUAUGUCUCAUAGUGAGUCAAUGCCAAUGUCUAUCUUGGGAGGUGUUCAACAGUUUAAAUGUUCAACAUCAUAAAUAUUGAAUUCCACCAUGUAAUUGUGCCAAAUCCAUGUUUUCGUCUUAAAAUAUAUGACACGUGCUAUUAACUGUAUCACAUUUAUUGUCAUGUAUUGCGUGUUUUUGGCGAAUGAACAGUCAAAAGUAUUAUGUAUAUUUGGUCUUUAAUUAUAUAUCGUGUUACACAAAAUAAAUUGAAAUAAAUAUGUGUAACUAAA